UCACAAUCCAGAAGUGAAUAAGAAGUGAAUCUUCAUUCGCCCUACAAACGAGACAGAAUAUUUUAAUUUGGGAAUUCCAAAUAUAGUUGCUGAAUUCGUGUUAAAACGAAGAGAUGGAGAGUUCAGAGGAACCAACUAGUUUGCAAUCCAUAUGUCAUCUCCAUGCCUCGGAGUUAUUUCCUAAGCACACAAACUUUGAAUGCGAGGAUGAAACAUUGACAAUUCCGUUUACACCAUUAAGCGGAGAAUCGGUUGUGGCAUUGGGACGGACAACGGAUGGUGUUUUGGCACUUUCAAAUUAUAGACUUUAUCUACAAUUAAAUCAAACAUGUUAUAAUAUACCUCUGGGUCUCAUUGAGCAAUUGGAGGUCAAAGAAAUAUUUUAUUUGCAUAUUGGAUGCAAGGAUGCACGUUCUUUAAGUUGCGCAUUUACUACAAAUGAGCACUGUUUAGAGUGGUUCAAACGAUUGCACAAAGUGACGUAUUCACGAAAAAGUAUAGAGGAUAUAUUUGCGUUUGCAUAUUACGCAUGGUCUAUAGAAGAAGGCAAAGAUUAUCCUAGGCUUGGAAAAGAUAAUAGUUCUUAUAUUACUACUUUUAAUUCAGAAGUUGAGCGAUUAAAAUUUAAUCUGCAUGGUACAUGGCGCGUAAGUCAAAUAAAUAAGGAUUAUCGGAUGUGUCCAUCCUAUCCACCACAGCUUCUAGUUCCCGCUUGUAUUUCCGAUGAAACCCUCGAAUUUGUUGCCAAAUUUCGAAGUUCCAGACGAAUUCCAGCUGUUAUCUGGAGACAUGUGAAUAAUGGCGCCGUGAUAGCUCGUAGUAGUCAACCGGAAGUUGGUUGGCUCGGUUGGAGAAGUUCUGAGGACGAAGUUCUUCUAAAAGCUCUUGCGGAUGCGUGUAGCUAUGAUAAGGGCGAAUCUACUAUUGUAGAUUCGCCUAUUACAUAUUCCGAUACUGGUGACGAUGCAUCGAGUGCUGCCAAAAAAGUUUUAAUUGUCGAUGCCAGAUCUUACACAACCGCCGUAGCAAAUCGGGCACGUGGCGGUGGUUGCGAGUGUCCCGAGUAUUACCCCAGCUGUGACAUACAAUUUAUGAAUUUACCAAAUAUCCAUUCAAUACGGAAAAGCUUUCAUGCUGUACGACAGCUUUGUGCGUCGGACGCAGAUCAACCAAAUUGGUUAAGUUUGCUGGAAGGAACACGAUGGUUGCAGCAUAUGUCGGGUUUAUUACGAGCAGCAGUCACUGUAGCGUCUGCAAUAGAAAGGGACGGUCGACCAGUAUUAGUGCACUGUAGCGACGGCUGGGAUAGAACUCCCCAAAUUGUCGCGUUAGCCCAGAUAUUACUUGAUCCAUAUUAUCGUACUAUGGAGGGAUUUCAAGUUUUAGUCGAGAGAGAAUGGUUAGACUUUGGACAUAAGUUCGCGGAUCGAUGUGGUCAAACAAUCGGUUGCGAUGAUCCUAACGAGCGUUGUCCAGUAUUUCUUCAGUGGCUCGACUGUGUCCAUCAAUUAAUCCUGCAAUUUCAAUGUAGCUUUCAGAUGUCAUCAGCGUAUCUAGUAAAAUUGGCCCAACAUACCUACUCGCAAUUGUUCGGUACAUUCCUGUGUAAUACCAGGCAAGAGAGGCUACAAUUGAGAUUACGCGAUCGUACGUUUUCAGUUUGGCGUUUUCUCAAUUCGACUGCGUUUGUAAAUCAUCUAUAUUCGCCGUUAAAGAAUCAAGUAUUAUGGCCAAGUUGUAACGUACGCGAUCUUGUUCUAUGGUCUGAAGUGUAUCUAGGCUCUAUGGAAUCAUCGCUUGGUAUGAGAGACAAUAAACAAAGAAUGACAGUAAUAGACAUUGAAGGUGGCGAGAAUGAGGAGCCACAGGGGCAAAUGACGAAGACGAGAUCAUAUGGCGAUCUUAUGCAUGCUCCUGAUCAUGCGACGCAUCUGCACAGAAGACGCAGCGAUCCGAGUAUUUCUAUGGAAAAAAAAUUUGAUUCUCUAGCACUUGAGACUGAGAUGGAUAAAAAGAAUGUAAAAUACGAUAACAAGAACGAAACCGUGAACGAAAAUUUAUCAGAAACUGAAAUCAGGACAAAACGAGAUAUCAUUAAUCAAACAUCCAAUGAUUCGCCUGCCAAUCCUUCGGUAGAUAGUUCCACUGAUACUUUGAUACCCAACAAUGAUUCUGUUGUUCCAGUGGUGAAUGAAGAGAAGGAAGCGCAACAAAUAAAUUCAUCGCGUGAUAUUGUUUCACCGUGGAUUGAAACCGGCACUACUACUGCACAAGUUGUUUGUUCUUCGUGCAAUCGUAAUCAUAAUGAGGGUAGUGACGUGAGUGAUACCAGCGCUCCAUUGAUAUCAAGAACUCCGAGUAGCAUAUGUCCAGCUUCUCCAACCCAUCAAGAUGUCAUGCUAGAUAAUCCUGACUGGUUGGACGAUGUUGACGGUCUUCCUGUUAUAUGUUGUGACGUUCAAAUGCGAGUCCAACAAAUUAUCGUAGAGCAUAAGCUCAAGGAGGAAGCCUUGAGAAAGGAAUUGCAUACAACAAGACUGGCACUAAUCAAACAAGUUUGCAAUCACAAUGCAGAUAUCGAUCGUAUAGAUGACAUCGGUUCACUACCUGAUUCGGUGGGUAGCGCUGGUGAACAUGGGGAAUCACUACCGUCGGAUAUGUCCUGGGAAGCUGUGGAGGAAUUAGGUCCCGCGCCUACUUUAUGGGUGCCCGAUCAUGCCGUGACUCGGUGUAUGGGAUGUAACACGGAAUUCUGGCUUGGUAGACGUAAACAUCACUGCAGAUGUUGUGGGAAGAUUUUCUGUGCCGAUUGUUCCGAGAAUUCUACUCCCUUACCUAGCGAGCAGCUCUACAAUCCUGUAAGAGUAUGUAGCGACUGCUACGCACGGCUGCAUCAUCAUCAUCAUCAUACAAGUUCCUGUCAGUGCAAUAUUCGACAACAAAAUAUAAAAACAGAAAAUGAGGCAGACUCUUUCGAAACAGCGACUUUACAACAACCGGUUUCAUGUCAAAGACCGAGGAAAUUACCACCCACUACAACAAAGGAUUCCUGCUGUGACAACUUAUUACAGGCAACACAUCAGAAAACGCAGCCAUCUAUCGCGGCAGCCACAGUAAACUAAAAAGAAGAGUAAGAAUCGAGCAGAAGAAAAAUAACAUGAAGAAAUGCGAUUAAUCUAUACGAUGCGCUUGUCGUAUUCAUCAUUUAUAUUGCGUACAUAUGGCACAUGGACUAAUGCAUCUAGCUUGUUCUAAGCGAUCUAAUAUAUUUAUUGCUAGAUUAAUAAUUUGUACGAACAAGUGUAUAGCUGAUAUAUGGAGAAGAGAUGACAAAAUCAGUAUACGAAGUGUAUAUAUCUUGAGAAUAACUCGAGACUAAGAUUCCCAGAGAAUAAGAUUCUAUUUCUCUUAUAAGAAAUAGAAGGGAAUCCUCCGAGUUUAUCUAGGUAUCUUUAUGCUAAUAUGACGAGAGGGGGUGAUGAGUGGCAAAGUCUCGGAUAGGCUGUGAUCGAUAUCUAACUUUGUAGACGACUACACUAUCAAGCGAAGUGCUGAUUAAUUGUCAAUUGAUCACGAGAAGAGCGGUUAUUUGCUAAUUAGCAAUCGGAUCGAGCGAAAACGAAUAAAAUCAUAUUUCUUAUAUCAACGUCGAUGUAUAAGAAUUGGGAUAUUAAAUGUCAUUAUCUCAUUGCAAGCGUUUUAUAUCAAUCAGAUUCACAAAC